GAGCUGUCCAGUGUCUGCAUCCAGCAGUGUCAGAGGAGAGAAGGGGGGCCUGUGUGAGAGCUGUUAUGAAGGUCAUGUAGCCAAUGAAGAUGGGCCUGGUGGUGCUCGUCCGGAACCUGCUGCUCACCCUGUGCCUCUGCCUGGUGCUGGGCUUCAUGUACUACGCCGCCUGGAAGCUGCACCUCCUCCGAUGGGAAGACCCUAAUUCAGGGGCUCUUACCUUUGACUCCGUUGGACGGACACUAGGCUCAGGAAGGAGAAAGAAGAACAAUGUGGCCUUUGACUUUCUGUCUCUGCUGCCCUCAGGCCUUGCUGUGGACUCAGGACAAUCCAGAACCCAGAAAGAGAUGAUCGAUGCCCGGGCUGCCCGGGGCCCAGCCCAGUCCAGUAGGGAGCUGCUGUCCAGCCAUGAGGUUCUGGCCUGGCCUGACAAUCCUGGGGCACCCUGGUGCUGGACUGAAGGAAGGCCAGAGGUAAUGAGGCUGGCAUGGCUAGUCUCUACCCCCUCUGCCUGCCUGCACCAAGCCAGGUCCUUCCCGCUGGGUGGUCCCCAGGAUCUGCAGCCAAAGACUAAACAGUUCUCCUUCACUGCCCACCAGCCGGACGGCUUUGGCUUCCUCACCAGGGGCCUGCUGGGGGGGGGGGGGCUCCUGCAGAGUUUGUUGUGCUUGGCUGGGAUGGCCUUGGCUGUAGGCCUGGGAGGCUCCCUGCAGCUGGGCUGCCCAUCAGGGGCUUGGGGCUGGCUCCUGGGCUUGCAGGAGUGCUGGUGUGUGGCAGAGGUCAGUGGCAGAGGGCUCCAGACGCCCAGCUUGCCUCUGGCUUUCUUUGCACAGGCACAUCCUUGAAAGAAUGUCUCUCUUCACUGUGUCUGCUUGGUCUUUGCCCUCCUCCUGGCUCCCCCUGGGUAGUCUGACCUCUUCUGGCCCAGAGCUCUCCAGCAUCUCCUCCCUGCCUGGUCAGAUGGCCUGGUCUAUCUUCAGUCUCUUCCUGUUCCCCCAUCCUCAGCAUGCCUUCCUCCUCUUGCUCUGGGCCACCGCUGUCUCCCACAUCUCCCUGCCUAACUGCCCCUCGUCCUCACCCUUCUCCUGACCACUAAGUGGGAGCUUUCCCCAGGCCUCGGUCCUGAGCCCUCUCCUCUCCUCUGCCCUGGGAUGUCUCCCCCGUGGCCUCAGCCGUCAUCUCCACGCUCCAUAGA